CAUCGGCCGGCAGUAGCGGGCGAGACGUAGACCAAGACUGGCAUACGCACUAUGCGGCGGCCGACUAACAACGCGGGCUGAAAGGUGUUCCACGGUUUUCAAAAUUGACAGUUUUUUUUUUUCGUAAUCAAGUCAAAGAUGACAUAAAUUAUUUCAAAAAUUUAGUACUUAUUUUUCAAAAUGACAAGAUAGUACCUACUCGUAGUGCAGUGAUAGUGAGUGUGUGUUUUCAGUGAACAAAAUUAGUGAAGUGGACUCAAAUAAAUUCAAAAUGGAAGCUCUAGAGAGAAGGAAGCUGUGGCCGAUUGCCGCUAUAUUGUUCAUCGUGUUUUCUUCACAAUACAAAGGCGCCUGGGCCCACCGCAACUCCACCAAGAUGUCGUACGUGUGCCCGCCGAGUUUCAUCCGCCUCGGCCACAGCUGCUACUACAUCAGCGACAAGAAGGCCACGUGGCAGAACGCCCUCUUCUCUUGUAAGGACCGGGACAGCAACCUUUCAGUGCCAGCGCGAUGGGAGGACCGGAACUUGAGGAACUACCUCAAUAAACCCACCGUAGAGAAAGCCAGCCGCUGGAUCGGCGGCAUCUACGACUACAACGCGCGCGCGUGGAAGUGGGGCGGCGAGCUGCGCCGCAUGCACUACCAGUCCUUCAGCAAGAUGAAGAAGAUGACGCCCGAGCAGCUGCAGUGGCACUGCAUCGCCAUGAUGCCCGAGCUCAAGUACAGGUGGGCACCAGCCAGCUGCUACCAGCCGCGCCAGUACAUCUGCCAGACGAAGCUACGCAAGGUCCCCAAGUCCAAAGUGAAGGACCUGCGCCGGCGCUGGCAGCGCAUGGGCAAGCUCAACGAGAUCACGGCGCCCAGCGUCAGCCGCGAGGUCAGCGACCCCAAGACCAACGACGUCACCAUCAACCCGAUGCUGAGCCCGAAGUCCUACGACCUGCGCCCGAGCCAGCUGCGCCUGAACCCAAACACGAUCCGACCCCCGAAGCCUCACCACCUCAGGCCGAAUGAGCUGAGGAAGCGCUCGCGCCCGACGCAUCGUCGGCUCACGAAACCGUUCCCUGGGUACCAAUGGAACCGGCGCGACCCGGAAGCCUCUUACAACUACAACGCCAACCUCCUCAAGUCAGGUAAGACUGGUCUCACGCCGCAGCAGGUCAAGAGCCACCUGGCUCGUCUUCAACACCUGCGUGAUAAGCAACUAGAGCGGCAGAGAAGAAUGAAGGAAAAUGGCGACUGGUUGGUCAAUGACGAGCCACCUCGUAUGGCCAGGACCCAUGCAAGGACUUAUACCGUCGAUAACAACAUCAGCGCGCUCCAUCCGAAGACUAUUGUCGAAGAAUUCGAUAUGCUCCCGCCACCGCCGCCACCUGUCCCCAUUGCUAGGCUGACGCGAGGCGCCUUCAGAGGCUACCGACCUUAAGGUUGCUUUUAGAAAGCAUACGCUGACCGUCGGCGUUGAUAGCCAAAAUGUAUGCUUACUACUAAAGCCUGGUCCGUGAGCACGUAGAAUCCCGUCCAAUGACCCCAAGCUACCCAUCCCUAUCGCUCGCGCGUAAUUAUGUUGCUGUCGCGCUCGCACACUCACUGCGGGCGCCCGUCGCACAGUCGCGACAGCAACAUAAUUACGCGCGAGCGAUAGGGAUGGGUAACUUGGGGUCAUUGGACGGGAUUCUACGUGCUCACGGACCAGGAUUUACUACUAUUACUAUUACUUGUAAAAUUUAUGUAAGCGUCACUCAAGAACGUUUACUUUAGGACCAUAUUGAUCUGCCAGCGCCGACGAUCAGCGUGAAAUCAGCCUAUGACUUCCAGACGAGUUGACGACCUCUGCUAACAUGUUUGAUGCCUCUCAUCAACAUUCAAGCGGCUUGACUUCAUCUGGAUCUUUGUCUUCUCUCAUUUUGUAUUAGGCUCAUGAUCUUUAAGAUUUCGGUUUAUGUAUCGAGGCAGUAUAUUUUUAAGAACAGUUAAACCACCGAUCAGAAUUCGAAAAUGUCUCUACUAAAUAAAGCAUGAGUCUUGAUUGAUAUUUCUGGUCUUUUUCCUUCUUCUGUAGUCCUCUUGGGAAUCAUUAAUUCCCUAGAAGGUACUACGACAUGGUCCACACUGAAUAUAGUCCAACAGAUCUGAACUAGGUUGUACUUUCCAGUGUGGAUUGCACCCUAUCCUAUGUUCUUCUUCUCUCUCCUUCUAGAGUAGCCAGAACGUGACGGAAUAUCGUUUCUAUUCGCCCAGUGACUGCCUUAGUUACCAACUAUAGAUUCCUUCUGUGUGCGUUCAAACUGUUUAGGUUAGUUUUCUUUGUAUGUGAGCAAGAAUCUUUCAGUAUGUUUCUAUGUGAUGUUUUGUAACUUUAGUGUCAAUAUCUUCAGAUGUUCCAUUGUCGUGUUGCGCAGUUGUGUCAUUGUGUCAACAUUUCGUGAUUCUCUUGCGCACACUUGGGUUCAGAGCAGCUCAUGAACGCAAGAAAUCUGUUACAUUUUAUGUGUGUCAUUUUGUUCGUGCGUAUUUAUAUUCAAAUGAGAUAAUUUAUGAAAAGUCGAGAUAAAGUAAACAUUGAUUGUAUUUAUAAAAACUAGUCAGUAAGUAUAUUUCUACAUAGUAUUUUAUAUGUUAAGAAAUAAAUACUAAUGCAGUCUAAAAUGUUUGUAAGAUUAUUUUUUAUUUCAAUUAAUAUAGCGGUAGUAUUACACAGUUUACUAAAAUUUACUUUUUCUUACCCAAAUGUAUUUUAGUUAUUAUUUUAUCAAAUUAUGUGUCGUACAUUAUGAUUGGCAUUUGUCGUUCGAAUAAGAGUUAUGUAAGCCACGUUCCAGUGUGUAUGUUAGGUGAAUCGUAGAUUCUACUAAACUGCCAAGAUUUAGUCCUCGCAUUUAUACGACGAAUUCAUUUAGGUUAAGCCCUUUCGAGGAAUAUUCCUUAGGGUGCAUUCAUACUGGCUAUAAUAUUGUAGUAUACCUAAUAUAUUCUGCCACACAAACACAGUGUAUCUCAGCCAGUACAACGUUUCAAAAAGUCUCAAUCUAUGCUUCUAAUUAUUUACACAUUUUAAAUUAAUAUUUGUUCGCCAGUAUGAUCGUAUCCUUAAAUAGUGACAUUAUUUUAAUGGCUGUUUUAAAGUCCAUGUAUGUAAAACAAUUAUUUUUAAUAACAUUUACUUAUUAUAUAAGCCGCUUUGUUAUCAUUUCGUGUUCAUUCAUCAUAAUAAUUUCAAUGUUGUGAUUGUGUAAAAAUAUAAAAUAAUUAUUUGUAUGAAAGUUAAUUUAAACACUUCAACUGUUAAAAUCUUAAAAACUAGUCUACUAGUUACUUGUAGUAGAAUAGUAUUAUUUCAUACCUCAAUGUAAAAUUAAUAUAUUUUUCAAGAUUUAUAGUGAUUUAAUCUUUAACCUUUGACAAAAUAUUAAAAUCUUUACUAAUAUUGUUAACUUGUAAAUGCAAAAAUUGUAAAGCUGAAUUGUAAUAAUUCAUUAAUUGGUGUAGAACUAAAUAGUCUAUGCACUAUUUUAAGUAAUAUUAUUCGAUUAAAUUAAGAACCUGAAUAAAGAAUCAAUUGAGCAUUUA